GGAAGGAACCAACGGAUGCCUAAAUAAAGGAAAGACACGAGCCUCAUGCGAGGUCGAUUGAGGUGACUGCCUGCAAGACACUGAUCAGGUUCCUCUUGACCUUAACACUCAAUGGAAAUGACAAUCAACAAACUCAACUCAAUCCCACUCCGUCUGUUUUCUCCCGUUCGUCAUCAUACUAUAUAAUGGAUUCAUCUACUGCAACCUCACCGUAUCCUCCGCCUGGCCAAGUCACUGCUGCAGCCCGGGCAGUUGCUUUGAGCCUUGGAGAAGAACUGCACUACGCCAUUGUGGGAGGCGCUGCUUGCUUGAUGCUCGGAUCGGCACGCUUGACUGCCGACGUCGACUUCGUCGUCCCCAAGGGGAGAACAAAAAACGCGCGGCGACUGCUGAGAAAUCAGCCAGAUCGAUUCACUGUCGAGAGUAGGGCGAACCACACGUACUACCGUACUCAGAGUCAGAGACAUACAAGCCAUAGUCUGGGGGACGAGUGCCUAAGGAGGUAGUUACAUGUGGCGUACAGUGCGAGACCCGUGUCAUGCCGCUUUGUCUCCCUUGCAUCCUGUCCCCGAAGUCCGCCACACGUGAAGUGGCUCUUUGUCGCGACUCACAG